AUGGCCUGGAUAGGACGAGUCUUCGGAGCUGGCGCCCGUGGCACCCACAAACUUGUGGGGAGGGGCAGCCACCUCCUGCGAAACGUCUACGUAUGGACACCUGAGAUCGACGCCAAGAUUCUGGAGAUGCGGUUAGAGGGCAAUACCUGGCACGAGAUUGGCGCUGCCAUCGGACGGGAACACUCUUCCUGUCACCAACGGUACCUGAAGGAACUGGAUCCUGCGCUGCACAGAAAAUGGAACCCGGAAAAUUUGGAACGGCUAAACGCGAUGGUGGCGGACGGGAAGAGUUGGCGGUAUGUUUCGGAAAAGUUGCUGUUUACUCAGAGCAUCUGUCGCGAAAAAUGGAUGAGCAUGAACCAGGAUCUUGUCCAGAAGGCCAAAGAGAUGAAGAAGCUUGAGCGUCCACGGGCUAUUCGACUAGUACGCGAGUCGGGAGUCUCGACUGUCGAAACCUACAGGAAGUCCGGGAUGUUGCCAGCCUCGAAAUAUCGCUGGUGCCCUCACGCCGAAGCUCUCCUGCUUGAGCUCAAGGAUCGGGGGUUCAACUGGCGACAGAUCGCAUCGGUCCUUGGAAUGGUCCCCAUGAGCUGCUACUUGCGAUACCAACAUCAACUCAAGCCAAAGCUAAAAACCGGAUGGAUCCCGCCAAAAAUCGACGCCUCCAACGUUCCUUAUUAUUUACUACCUCGGCGUAUCCGGCCUCUUCCUUCCAAUACGCUCGCGACCGCCGCCGCAGACCUCACUCCAAACAACGCGACAAGCUCAGCCUUAACAGCAACAGUGGGCAGUGGUGGAUUUAUACCGUGGCUCAGGACAAAGAACUCGUUCCCUAAAGACAACUCUGUGCCGGCAGCUAUUCUCGGCGUUCUCACCGACGACUUCUCUUAUGAUGUGCGGGAACCGACCAGCUCCAGGACGAGGACAUGGACGCCAGAGGAGGACAUAUUUAUCAUCACGGGGAGGGAACAGGGCGCCUCAUUCAAGACCAUCGGUGAGCGUUUGAAGCUUGAUCCACGAAUUUGCUACAGCCGAUACUACACCGCUCUGGAGCCAGGCACACAGGACAAGGAAUGGACGCCAGCAUUGGUCGAGAAACUCCGGUUCUAUGUCCAGCAGGGAGUCGCUUGGUCUACGAUCGCCCACGAACUCGGAUUCCAUCGCGUCAUUUGUCGGGAAAAGUAUCUCGAGAUUUCAAGGUCCCCUGAGCAAACGACAGAGUCAUCCGGAUCUCACUCUCAACAGGACGACACACACCCCGCGUCUUCUGGCACUACCACGUGCGGCGAUAAUGUCGCAUCGAGAGAGAGCAAUAUGGAGGAUGAUCAGGACCUGAAGGACCACGUUGACGAGAUGCUGGAGGAAGAGUACAGUGGGUCUGAUGGCGACGAUGAUGACUACUUUGGUGACGGCAAUGGAGACUCUGAGAACGAUGAGGAUGAUGGUGAUGAUGAUGGUGACGAUAUCGUACACAUGGGCGACGCGGAGGAAGGUGAGGAAGAUGAUUCUAUGACAGUCGUCAAGAGAUCGAGGCAGACCAACAAACAAAAGUCGCCACCAAUCAGCUCCCCAACAGUCAGAAGCAUCUGGGAUCAGGAAUCUUUUAUGAGAGAGCGUCAGAGGCUUUGGACGACUACAGAGGAGACAACACUUAUCCAACAUGUCAUCAGGAACGGCACCCGCAAUUGGGACGAGAUUUCCAAGACCCUUGGUGGAACCCAUUCGGCAGAGGAGUGUCGAGCCUACUGGAAGUUUCUUGACAUGCCCGUGAUCCGACAUGCUCGAGAUCGGACCAAGUGGAGCCCUCAGAGCGAGGCCUUGUUCUGGGAGCUGUGGCUCGAGAGGGGUUCGAACUAUGAGGAGAUUGCCAGGACGCUGACGGAGAAUUAUGAUGAGGAUGAUACUCCUUCUGGAAACAGACCAGUGUUCGAGGCCAAGGACUGCGAGAGCUUAUUCACGGCGCGGACAAAGCAUUUGCGGAAGGAUCGAGGACUAGACGAAACUCAGCUGCAGAAGGAGUAUGUCGAUAUCGCAUUGGUCCAGGCCAAGAAGCCCGCGCCGCCCUUCAAGUGGACCAAGGAGAAAUCCGUCAUCCUCCAGAAAAUCAUCCGACAGCGUCUCAAGACUCGUGGUGUGCAGGUCAACUGGAUCAACUGGAGGUGGGUUGCCCGUCAUGUCGGAGGUGGCGCCACUGCUCAGCGAUGCAGCACCCAUUGGCGAGCAUUGAGAAUGGUCGAAAUGGAUAAGGACAGUUGGACGGACGAGGAGGUUCUGCUGCUGGAAAAGGGUAUCCGAGAGGUGGGCACCACUUUUAAUGAAGAUGGUGUAGCAAGCGAGAUGGGCGAUUAUGCACCUGGCGAGCCAACGGUUCCUGGGUUCAGAGCCAUCCAGAGGUUCUAUCUCCCCAAUUAUGGAGUCGACUUCCUCCAGCGCAAGUACUUUUUGCUGUCGGACAAGGCGACCGAGGUCACUGUCCAGGAAUACAUGGCGAUCUUGGAGGCUGUGGAAGAGUAUGGGGAGCAUCACUGGGACAAGGUCGUCAGGCGUCUACGGACUCUGCCUUCUUCCUCUUCCACUGGUUCGGCUCUUUCGUCGUCAGUGUCAAUAGCCCCCGCUGCAGAGACCGCAUGGACCAAGGCCCCCUGUCGCCGUGUCUGGGAAUCGUCCUACAAGUACAAUCUCUUAUAUACCCCUUGGUCGGCGGCAGAGGAUCUGGACUUGCGAGAUUCGGUUGAGCACCUUGGCAAGGGUGAUUGGGCCCUGAUCUCGCGCUUCUUCCCUGGGAAAUCGGCCUGGCAAUGUCGUCUUCGCUGGUGCCAGAUCACCGACCCACACCUCCAACCACCUUCCUCCUCUUUUUCUUCUGACCAUCCUUCUCAGCAUCCUACCACCACAUCAUGA